UUCGUGGAGCGAUUAACACACAGUGAACACAGAUCGCCAAAGGCUAAAAGGCCCAGAAUCCGACCGCAUCCGCAUCCUCAGCAAAAAAUAAAUAAAUAAAAGACAGACAGCACAAAUCGGUGGCCCAAUGCUGGCUACGAAAAUAAAUCAUUAAGAUCAAGAACAGGCAAAUUACGUGUGUGCUUUCUUUACUUUUUUUUUCCGUUUGUCUUGCCUAAUUUUUGACCGACUUCGGGGACCAGAACCACUACAGGAAAAUCGAAGAGCCACAACAUGCAUGCCGAGGCGCCAAAAAAUCAGACUGUGACAGUUCCAAAACAGGAAACUGUGGUUGAAGGAGCGGCAGGUGAAACAGCAGGUGGAGGUGGAGCAGCCAAGGUCGCCGAGAAAGAGGAUCACGAUGUGGACUACCAUCCGCCUACAAGCUACCUGGAGACGAUUGUGCACCUGUUCAAGGGCAACAUUGGACCCGGUCUGUUCGCCAUGGGGGAUGCCUUCAAGAACGGAGGUCUACUGGUGGCCCCACUUCUAACCAUUGUGAUAGCGGUGGUGUCCAUCCACUGUCAACAUGUCCUGGUGACCUGCUCCAAGAAGAUGCGGGAUCUCAAGGGAGAUACUGUGUGUGCGGAUUACGCGCAGACGGUGGAGCAGUGUUUCGAGAAUGGUCCACCCAAGUUAAGGGGCUGGUCCCGAACGAUGGGACGUCUGGUGGACAUAUUCAUCUGUGUGACCCAGUUGGGCUUCUGUUGUAUCUACUUUGUGUUCAUUAGCACGAAUCUGAAGCAGAUCCUGCAAGCCUACGACAUUGACAUGAACGUCCAUCUGGUGAUGCUGCUGGCCUUUGUGCCCGUGCUCCUCAGUUCACUGAUCACGAACCUGAAGUGGCUUACCCCCGUCUCGAUGUUCGCAAAUGUUUGUAUGAUCCUGGGACUGGCCAUUACCCUGUACUAUGCUCUAAAGGACGGACUGCCGGAGGUGGAGGAACGCGCCCUCUGGACGAACGGCUCCCAGCUGGCCCUCUUCUUCGGCACCGCCAUCUUUGCCUUCGAGGGCAUUGCCCUGGUGAUGCCGCUGAAGAACGCCAUGCGAAAGCCACACCAGUUCGAGCGACCCCUGGGUGUGCUCAAUGUGGGCAUGUUCCUCGUCUCCGUCAUGUUCAUGUUCGCCGGAUCCGUGGGCUAUAUGAAGUGGGGUGAGCAGGUCGGAGGCAGUUUGACCCUUAAUCUGGGUGAUACCAUACUGGCUCAGUCCGUCAAACUGAUGGUCUCCGCUGGAGUUCUUCUUGGUUAUCCACUGCAAUUCUUUGUGGCCAUUCAGAUUAUGUGGCCCAGUGCCAAGCAAAUGUGCGGCAUUGAAGGACGAUCGCUGAUCGGAGAGCUGGGCUUCCGCACCUUUAUGGUCCUGGUGACUCUUGCCAUCGCGGAAAUGGUUCCGGCCCUGGGACUUUUUAUCUCGCUAAUCGGAGCACUAUGCUCAACGGCUCUGGCCUUGGUCUUUCCACCCGUCAUCGAGCUGAUCGCUAGGAGUGAGCUCAACAAAGGACCGGGCGUCUGGAUUUGCGUAAAGAACCUCGUCAUCCUGGUGUUGGCAUUACUGGGCUUCUUCACUGGCUCCUACGAGAGUCUCAAGCAAAUUGUUAAGCACUUCGGGGAGGAAGAGGUGCACUGAGGAGAUACAUCAUUUUAGAGGAAUUUUCGAAAGCUUGGGAUCCCCAUCAACGACCUCACGAGUGGAGAGUGGACCUGAACCUCGCUGAAGACAAUCAUUAUUAUAUCGAACAUUAAAUACUAGAGAAUCUUCCAAAUUUAGUUUCGAACUACCCAGAGAUCGUCUUCACAAUACUAUCAUCAUAAAAGAGCUGACGAUCAACAAUAAUCAACAAAGGAUCAUCAACGAUUAUUCACCCCCCUUGCCAAGGAAUCUAAUUGAACGUCAGAGUUCCAAAUUUUAAGUAAAAAAGAUGAGGAAACAGUUAAGACGCCUGAGACGAACAAUACAGGAAUAAGAAGCACAAGAUCAUCAGUAUAUAGUCGAUAGUCGAUCAAACCUCAAUAUCAAAGCUUUAGUUAAAGUUAAUGAAAAAUCGAACCGCAAGCCAUAACAAAUAAUGUAAACAGAAUCACCAAAAAACAAAAAUCAGCAUCACAAUU